CCCGACAUAAUUGGUAGAAAAAUUGACAAUGCGUGGUUGUAUUGUUCUCUCACGGAUCCUUUAAGAACCUCAGUCAACAUCUCCAGGAUCCAUAAACUUUGGAGUCAUUUGCUAGCAUUGAUACAAGACAGGCGGAGACACAGCGGAGCGGAGGAACAUGGGAACAGUUGGAGCUGAAGAUGAUGGGAGUGCACGUCCAGUGAGGAAUAAGAACAGGGCAGUGGUGUCCGAGGUCAACGAUGAUGGUUUUGACGACGAGCCGACGGGUUACCAGCAGCCGUUGGAGAUCCGGAGGAAGAGUAACAGAAGAUUCUAUGUGUUUGCUUGUGCAGUCCUUGCUUCCCUCAACACUGUUCUCCUGGGCUAUGAUUUUGAACAGGUUAGUGAUGUCACAAAUGACUUGAUGUGUCUUUGCUACUCUGCAGAUGUUGGUGUCAUGAGUGGAGCAAUCAUAUUCAUUCAGGAAGAUUUAAAAAUAACUGAGGUUCAGACAGAAGUCCUUGUUGGUUGUUUAAGCGUAGUUUCGCUCUUUGGUAGCUUAGCUGGUGGCAGAACAUCAGACAUGAUUGGCCGAAAAUGGACAAUGGCUUUAGGUGCUAUUGUCUUCCAAGUGGGUAUCGCUGCUAUGACUUUCGCAUAUUCAUUUCAAGCACUGAUGAUAGGGAGAUUGCUGACUGGGGUUGGGAUUGGCAUCGGCGGUGUGAUAACGUCGGUUUACAUUGCCGAGAUUUCGCCAUCCAUCAGUAGGGGAAGCCUGACCUCAUUUCCAGAGAUCUUUGUGAACAUAGGAAUUCUACUUGGUUAUGUCUCAAACUAUGCAUUUUCAGGCCUCUCCGUACACAUUAAUUGGAGGGUCAUGCUUGGAGUUGGGAUGUUGCCCUCCGCUUUAAUCGGUUUUGCACUUUUUGUGAUCCCCGAAUCACCAAGGUGGUUGGUCAUGCAGAACCGAGUUGAUGAAGCAAGAUCAGUGCUUUUUAAGACGAAUGGAGAUGAGAGUGAGGUGGAAGAGAGGCUCGCAGAAAUACAAUUAGCAGCUGGAGCUGGUAACAAUGCACAGAAGCAAGGAGAGAAAGCCGUGUGGCGUGAACUGUUGAGCCCUUCUCCUUCUCUACGCUGGAUGCUAAUCACUGGCAUUGGACUCCAGUGCUUCCAACAGUUAACGGGCACAGACGCUGCAGUGUAUUACAGCCCAGAGAUUUUCAAAGAUGCUGGAAUAAAGGGUAAUUCGAAUCUACUAGCGGCUACCAUUGCUGUGGGCGUUACCAAGACUUCAUUUGUACUGGUUGCUACAUUUCUGAUAGACAAGCUUGGAAGGAAGCCUUUGCUUUAUAUUAGCACGAUCGGCAUGACAGUUUGCCUGUUCAGUGUGGGAGUCUCUCUUUCUUUGCUUAAGGAAGGAGUUGUUGGUGCCGCGCCUGCAUUGGCAAUAAUAUCUGUUUGUGGUACUCUAGCGUUCUUCUCGGUAGGAAUUGCCCCCAUUUGCUGGGUGCUAACCUCAGAGAUUUUCCCUUUGAGGUAUCGUGCUCAAGCAGUGGCGCUUGGGGCGGCUGCUAAUAGGGUAUGCAGUGGGCUUGUUGGCAUGUCCUUCCUCUCAGUUUCUCACACAAUCACAGUAGCCGGCACAUUUUUUGUGUUUGCCGCGAUGUCAGCUCUUUCGGUCGCGUUUAUUCACUUGGUUGUUCCAGAAACCAAAGGAAAAUCACUGGAGCAGAUUGAGUCUCUUUUUCAGGAUCACUAUAGUGGGAAAGGAGGCUAUGUCAAGAUUGAAGAUGUCGAGGAUCACGUGCACGAAUAGUCACUUACCUAUUGCCAUCUUCAAUCUACGUGUGGAGCUUCAGUUCAAUAUAAGGAGGUCCAGCAUCAAGAAUUAGAAACAGUUAUCAACCUCUCGAGCAAGCGAAAGCAGAAUCUAUCAAGUUGAAGUCAUUGUUAAAAUUACCGUCACUCUCUUCUCGGAUGGCUGCUUAGCCUGACAAGUCCGAUAAAUGUCAGCACAUAUUAACAGAGAAAUCAUAGCUUGCGUUAUUGAGGAAUCCUAAUAUUUCCAACUUUCAUAUUUGAAAUGCUCUGUAUUAUAUCCUAGAGAAGUUCACCUUCAAUGAAACAUUGAAACCAUUUCUGAUUCAGAA